GUAAAUAUAGUAUUUUAUAUUAUUAAAUAUGUGGGAAGAAAUACAUGUACGAAAAGUAAAAAAAAAAAAUGAAUGACUCAUGUAGAAUUUUAUUAAAAUUUAGUACAUGCUAUGGUUUGGUAUGUGUCAUACUAAAAGUCAACGCAAUAGUUCUCAAAACAAACGACAACGUUUAGAUCCUAUUCAUUCCUAUAUAUUAUAAAGAUACGUUGGUUAUUUGGUCCCGUAAUUGCUCGAAAUUAGAGAGAAACAAGAGUGAGAGAUGCAGAGAUUAGGAGAGAAAUAUCAGAGCGUAGAGGCGUUUGGUUGGGCCGCGAGAGACUCCUCAGGCCAUCUUUCUCCUUUUGUCUUUUCUAGAAGAGAAACAGGAGAAGAAGAAGUGAGAGUGAAGGUGUUAUACUGUGGAUUAUGUCAUAGUGAUCUUCACUGUCUCAAGAACGAAUGGCAUUCCUCUAUUUACCCUUUAGUUCCUGGCCACGAGAUCGUCGGAGAAGUGACUGAGAUAGGGAGGAAAGUGAGUAAAUUCAGUAUUGGAGAUAAAAUCGGUGUGGGAUGCAUAGUAGAUUCAUGCCGCGCGUGCGAGAGCUGCCGUGAAGAUCAAGAAAACUACUGCACUAAAUCAGUCGCAACCUAUAACGGAGUUCACUACGAUGGAACUGUUAACUACGGUGGGUACUCCGAUCACAUCGUUGUCGACGAACGUUACGCUGUCAAAAUUCCGCACACGUUGCCUCUCGCUUCGGCCGCACCUUUGCUUUGUGCAGGCAUCUCGAUGUAUAGUCCUAUGAAGUACUUCGGACUAGCCGGACCGGGGAAACAUAUCGGAAUCGUGGGGCUAGGCGGUCUCGGUCACAUUGGGGUGAGGUUUGCUAAAGCAUUUGGGAGUAAAGUCACAGUGGUUAGUUCGACCGCUGGGAAAUCUAAGGAUGCUCUUGAAAUUUUUGGAGCUGAUGGGUUCUUGGUUAGUACUGAUGAAGACCAAAUGCAGGCUGCAAUGGGAACUAUGGAUGGUAUUAUCGAUACUGUUUCUGCAUCACAUCCGAUUUUACCAUUAAUUGGACUACUCAAACCGAGCGGUAAACUUGUUCUACUCGGUGCAACGGAGAAGCCAUUUGAUCUACAUGCAUUUUCCUUAAUCCUGGGACGGAAAUCGAUUGCGGGAAGUGCUAUUGGAGGAAUCAAAGAGACGCAAGAGAUGAUUAAUUUUGCAGCUGAGCAUGGAAUAAAAGCAGAGAUUGAGACCAUAUCCAUGGAGUAUGUGAACACCGCCAUGGAUAGACUUGCAAAGGGAGAUGUUAGAUAUCGUUUUGUCAUUGACAUUGCGAACACAUUGGCUGUUACUCGAUCUUAAACUCGAUGUUCUAUGUUUACUCGCAUGUCAUUAGUCUGGAUUUUUAAUAAUAUAGUCUCAAAAAUGGGAGCAUUUGUUUUCCAAAUAAACUGAAUUGAUCAAAUGAAUGUAGUGCAAGUGAUUGUCACUAGGACGAAAAUGAACGGCUUGAUUUUCAUAAGCUAUGAUGUUAAAAUAAAUUGGAUAUAUUUUAAAUAGACUAUUUUGAUU